AUGGAUCCAGAAAUACAGUACGUCCUUGGGCUAAAAGCUGUCCGUGAACGAGCCCAUCGAGUCCUUAAACUCGCGGAGGAAGAUCGCCUGAGCCACUUCGAGUACCAUCCAGAUCGCCUUCAGGAUGCAGUACAAUAUGUGAUAAAUAUCAUCAAGCGCGACUUUGGACCCGACAAGUAUCAUCUCAUCCCGCCACAUGGCCGCUGGCAACACUUUGAAGUUGGGGGUGUCAAUCGCCCUGAGAAUCUACUGAAGCAGUGGAAGAGUAACCGGGCGGAUGCACUGGAGCAGACCCGUAGUCUACUGGACUUAUUCUUCGUCUCGGUGCUGCUUGACGCGGGAGCAGGUGACAAAUGGCGGUUCACCGAGCCAGAGACGAAUAUCGUUGUUGGUCGUAGCGAGGGAACUGCGUUAGCCUCGUACAAUAUGUUUGUGAAUGGCGACUUUGCAACUGCUGAUAGUGAGAGAAGGGAUAUAGUUAUGGGGCAAGCCCUCAAGGACUUUGACGCUGCGACUCUGCAGCGCGGCUUCCAGAUAGACGAGAAGACGAAUCCCCUCGUCGGAGCCUCUUCUCGCGUGGAACUCCUAAGAUCUCUGGGCCGGUCUCUCCUCAACCUCUCAGAGAUAUUCGGGCCGGACGGGCGACCGGGAAACCUAGUUGACUACCUCCUUUCUCAAUCCCCAACGCCGGCAGAAAUCAACUACGAAACCCUCUGGACCACACUACAAACCGUCCUCCUGCCCGUGUGGCCCUCGUCCCGCACCCACAUCGACGGCCAUCCCCUCGGCGACGCAUGGCCCCUCCAGGUCCUCGCAGACGACGCUGAGCGAACACACCAAAAGUCCAAAUGUGCACACAUCCAGCCCUUCCACAAACUCACGCAGUGGCUCGCAUACUCCCUGACCGUCCCAUUUGAGCGCCUGCUCGGCGUGACAUGGGCAAAUAUGGAUCUCGGCACCGGCCUGCCCGAGUACCGCAACGGAGGCCUGUUCGUUGAUCUUGGGGUUCUAACCCUCAAACCUGAUGUAGAAGACCGCGGACGGCAGAAUUCUGGAGCCGGACUUCCGGCAUUUGAGGCGACGUCAGAUGAGAUUGUAGAGUGGCGGGCGAUGACGGUUGCGCUCUUGGAUAAGCUGCAUGCGCACAUUACGGAAAGCGAGGAGUUCGCUGGGGUGAGGUUGAGCCUCGCGCAGGUCCUGGAAGCUGGGAGCUGGAAGGCUGGGCGGGAAUUGGCGGCUGAGAAGAGGCCGGAGACUAGAUCGAGCCCGAUUUUGAUAUUGGGUGAUGGGACGCUGUUUUAG